GACGACGACAUGAUUUCGAGCGCGACGACGACGACGACGCGAUGCGCGACGCUGACCAAGGCAUCGCAUCGCGCGACGCCGGGGACGCGCUCGCGACGCGGCGCGGCGGCGACGACGCGAACGAAGGCGCAAAAGUUUGCGCGUUUAUCCACAUCGAGCGGGGACGACGACGAUCGCUCGCUCGCGCCGGUCGCGGCGGCGCCGGCGCCGCGUGAGGACGAGGUGCUGCCGGAUAACCUCUUCGACGCCGUCGGGCAAGCGGCGAAGGCGACGCGAGACGCCAUGCAGCGUGGGGUCGCGGGAAGCAUCGUCGAGCUGCUCAUCCCAGAGCUCUGGGACCCGAUGAGCGGAAACGUGAUGAGCGAAUCGGGUGAUCAACUGAAAGUGUGGGAGAUCUCUCGAGAGUUUUUGUCGAAAUUGAGCGCGAGUGGUGCGACUGGGGUGAAGGCGGUGUUCCCGGACGCGGGCGCGGCGGCGAUGUUGCGAGCGCGGUGGGGAGACGACGUCGCGUUUGAGGUGGCGAGCGUGGACGAUAGGAAUUUGGUGACGGAUGAUUUCGAGGGCGUUUUGGUGUUCGCGGCGCCGGAUCCGAUGUCUUUAGAGAAGGUACAAAAGGCCACGGGUCGAGCGAACGAGUUGGGGUAUCCGGUGGUGCUGUUGAAUCCGAGAUUGGCGAGCGGCGACGCCGGGGUUGGAUUGAACGUUCGGCGCAUGAGAGACAACUUUUUAGGAAAGAUGACGGUCACGUACUCUUUGAGACCUCUGCCGUGGUGCAAUGGGAGUCUGUACAAGUCGUAUCCGAGCGCGUGGAAACUUUUCUUGGAAGACCCAGAGGAGCCGGGACGGUUCAAGCUCAUUGAUGAGUACGCGCAGCGACCGGCGGGCGAGGAACUUGACGAUAUCGUCGACGCAGCGCUUCGACCCGUGGGCGAGGAUGGCGAGGCGACGGAAAAGACUGCGGCUGAAAAGGUUUUGGGGAUGAUGCGUGAGAUGCAGCGAUUUGCGAAGUCGUUAUCGAACUAAAUAGGCUCUUUUAAAUACGUUUACUAGUUUUCUGGCCACUAAA